AUGACUGCUGUGGAGCUGAAACCCGGAGACCUGAUUGAGAUUUUCCGAGUGUGCUACAGCCACUGGGCCAUCUACGUGGGCGAUGGCUAUGUGGUCCACCUGGCUCCCCUGAGCGAGUACGCCGGGGCUGGUGCCUCGAGCAUCAUGUCUGCCCUGUCGGAUAAAGCCUUGGUGAAGAAGGAACUGCUCUGUAAGAUCGCUGGAAGGAAUAAAUAUCGGGUCAACAACAAACACGACACAGUUUACCAGCCACUACCUGUCAACAAAAUCAUCCGGAAUGCCGAGGAGCAGGUGGGAAGAGAGGUCCUCUACACCACCAGUGAGAACUGCGAGCACUUUGUGAAUGAACUGAGAUAUGGGGUGCCCAAGAGUGACCAGGUCAGAGAUGUCGUCAUAAUGGGAGCAGCAGCCGGAGCUGUCCUGUCGAUGGCAGCCUUGGUUGGUGUGUUCGUGUCAAGAAGCAAACGUCAAAAUCAAUGACAUCCAUCCCCCAGUGUCAGGCACUGUGCUAAGCGCUGAGAUAGAUACAAUCACUCAUGCUCUUCUGCCUGGA